ACCGCGCCGGAAGAGAAGAGGGUCCUUUUCCCAGCCAUCUUGUGGCUUCAUCUAGCGAAGUGUUCGCACCAAGCCUCGUAGAAUCGGAGGAAAAUCCUGCUGAAGGGGCGCCAUCAUGCCCGGACAAAUGCAAGAAGGUUUUGGCUGUGCCAUAACCAAUCGGUUCGACCAGUUAUUUGACGACGAGUCGGAUCCGUUUGAGCUGCUGAAGCAAGCUGAAGUGAAGAAGAAGGAGGCUCCUGCUCCUGGUGCCGCCAAGACUGCAGCACAGGCUGCCAAGCAGUCCAAAAAGGAGUCCCAAAAAGACAGAAAAGCCCCACUGGCAGAUAAGAAGGAGGAGACCCAGGCACCCGUCCCACUGAAGAAAGAUGGUGCCGGCAUGAGGAGAAUGGGCCGCAAGCCGGAGGGUGAUGGCUCCAGACCCCAGGGCGGCCAGGGAGAGGGGCGCCCCCUCACAGACAGGCGGCCAGCGGACAGGCGGCCCCCACGACGCUUUGAGAGGCCUGCCGGUGAAGCUGGAGACAAGCCUGAGGGAGGGGAAUUCUCAGUAGAGAAACCCAUUGGUGACAGGCCGAUGAGAGGACGUGGCGGCGGAAGAGGAGGCCGCGGAGGCAGAGGGCGCGGCAUGGGUCGCAGUGACGGCUUUGAUUCCAGAGGAAAGCGUGAAUUUGAUAGGCACAGUGGAAGUGACAAAUCUAGUCUGAAAGGUGAGGAGAAGCGUGGCGGCAGUGGAUCUCACAACUGGGGCACCGUCAAGGAUGAACUCAAUGAGCUCGACCAAUCAAACGUCACUGAAGAGAACCCUGAAGGAGAGGAGCAUCCACCUGCUGAUUCUGAGAACAAAAGGGAGAAUGAGGUUGAAGAAGUUAAGGAAGAAGGCCCCAAGGAGAUGACUCUGGAUGAAUGGAAAGCCAUGCAGGACAAGGAGAGGGCCAAAGUGGAGUUCAACAUCCGUAAGGCCAAUGAGGGAGCUACUUGGAACAAAGGAUUUGUGCUGCACAAAUCCAAGGCAGAGGAUAAAAAGGGCGAAGUGAUUGAGGCAGAGGUAGAGGAGCCCAAGGCUGAGGAUGAACACCACUUCCGAAAACCAGCCAAUGACAUCACGUCCCAGCUGGAGAUCAAUUUUGGAGAUCUGGGCCGUCCAGGCCGUGGCCGCGGUGGACCACGUGGUGGCCGGGGAGGCCGUGGCCGUGGUGCUCCAGCUGCUGGUGAAACAAGACCGGUCCGCGGAGGAAGGACUGACAAGUCAUCUGCGUCGGUGCCAAACGUGGACGACCCGGAGGCCUUUCCAGCCCUGGCUUAAGCCCAGCAGGUGUCUCUCAGGCCUACAGGAGUCUCUUAAGCACCUCCUCUACGAGGCUUGCAUGUUCCUGGAUCCUUCAGCAAAGUGAAAUGAUGGAGAAGACUGUCAUUAACUAUGGCACUCAACGUGAGGACUGAGUUUUACCCAAUAAAACAAAACAAAGUUGGAAAAAAACAACAAAAAUUAACAAAAAAACAAAAAAAGAAAAGGACUUCUUGCUACUCCGGAGCAACUUAUUGGUAGAGGUUUUGUACUUGGAAACAAAGUGGCAGGGAUGUUUUCAUACAGUAUUUUUUUCAGAGGUUAUGCAUUGUCCAUUGAUAAAUUUUUGUAAUUGCUGCUUGAAAAAAAUGCAUUAGAAAAUGUAAGCAUAAGAAGAGUGACUUUAGCUUGGUGUGAGCUAUUGCUUUUUCGCUUUGAAACGGGCACUGAGGAGCUCCUACCCAAGCUCAUUAGCUCUGCUGCACCAGGUGUUUCUGAAGAUGUUACAGCUUCACUCAUUGAGAUUUACAGAGUUUUUUUUCUUUAGCACUGGGGUAUUGUUUUAUAUUUUAUACAGGAGGUCUAUUCUUCUAUGAUCUUCGGCCUGUAAAUCUUAACUAUUUUCUUAAAUUCUUUCAGAGACUGUCUUUCACAUGGUGCAAAUAGGACACAUCUUGAUCCUUGAUCAAGUGAUGCUGCCUACAUUUGAAUGCAUUGAGUAGAACCUAAAUCUGCGUUAUGGUUCUUUUGUACUGAAGUGUUCCAGAGGAGAGGAACACUUUGGUGGUAACUCCUUAAUUUAAAGACAAUUACAAAGUGGAUUAAAUUGGAUCUAACAGAUACUUCAUGUGUUCUGAUUUACCGGUAUUUGGGUACUGCACAACACCUGAUCUCUCUUCCUUCCUGCUCAUUUCAUCCUUGAUCACGAGCUUUGUGCAAUUCAUUUAAUGCCUUUGUUUUGUACUUUGAGUGAUGCAGAGAGGAAGUGUCUUCAUACAGCAGAGAUGUGGCUGCAGUCCUCUGGAAGCGCUCAGGCCUUCUCUGUUCACACUCCACAUGAGCCUCCAUCACAGAUGUAAACUGAGCCUAGCUUCAGUUUAUUUCUGUAGUCUGUUCUGUGUUCAUCUUUUCCUCCACUGUUGACCCGCCCUGUAGCUUCCACAGUGGCAGCACUGCAUAAUUGCUCUGAAAGAAAUACAGCUGUUCAUUGUGUGGAACAACUGAAGUGCUCUACAAUGUGUGAAUCCCAGCCCUGCUAUUAGAGACCUCUGUCGGUAAAUAAAGAUGGUUGAUAAAUUUUU